GUUUUUGUUUUGAUUUGCGGAGUCUCGCAAAGAAAAAAGAGUUCGAUAGUGCUUCUGAGGGAAAAUUUCGUGGAAAAUGGAAAACGGGUGGGAUGUAACGGUGGCAAAAAUCGCCCGAAAGUAUAAUCUAACGGAAGUGAUAAGGAAAUUCUCGAGUGAAAUCGACACCAUUCGAAAGUUAGAUGCAAUUCCGGAUAUUCGGAAAGUCUGCCGCUCGUGGAUCAAAAAAUUACCCGCCGUUCGAAGCAACGACGAGGAAAAAUCACACCUUUAUCGUGAGAACGGAAAUGAAAUUUUCCGCAGUCGCAAAAGCCCACAUGUGGCGCUAGAGGCAUACAGUAAGGCAAUUUUUGCCGCCCCACGUGGUUCGUCAGCACUUGCCUUAGCACAUGCCAAUAGAGCGAUAGUCCUGAUGAGCUUGAAGCGACACCGGGAAGCAUACGAAGACUGCCAGUUGGCCCUGGACGGUGCCUAUCCGGCUGAAAACCGGCUCAGAGUUCUGUUCCGGCAGGCGGAAUGUGCGCUUCAGAUGCGCGAUCGAGAGGGUCUGGAAAAAGCACUCGAGGGCAUUCAGAAGUUUUCCGAAGAACAGAACUUGGCUAGCUUUGAGGAGGAACGAUAUAAGAGGCUACAGCAGUUAGCUCAAAUGAUUGCCAUUUCGGAAAUACCAAACGAGUCGAACGAUGCACAACUUGAUCUUCCAGAACUUGAAGAGCGAUCAGAUGAUGUUCAUGGAAGAUUUAUUGUCACGAAAACCAAAAUUAAGAAAGAUGCUGGCGUUGUUCAAGAGAAGGCGGUAUCGUUUGUACCAGUUUACGAUCCCAGAGGAAACUCUGAAAUUCCACCAUUCGAUUGUCAAUAUUGUGGAGAAGUUAAUGUUAUACCAUUUCCAUGUCCAACUUGUGGUCGAGCAUGCUAUUGUAGCGUUGCUUGUUAUAAAGAACAUUGCAACUUACAUCGUUAUGAGUGCCCAGGAUAUGAAAAGCAUUUAUGGUUCAUGAUCGGAAUAGCUCAUCUGGGAAUGCGCAGCUUCCUCGAUGGAUUUAUUUCUAGUACGGAAGAAUUUGUUGAUUUAAAGGAAUGUAAUGCGGAAAAGAUGUUUCAGAAUGUUGCGGACAAAGCAGAGGCUCAGCAUAAAAACUAUCCAUACGGAAAAGUUUUCCGACUGAUAACAAAUCUUGAUAAAAUGGUUCCUAGUGAUAUGGUUCAGUAUUCAUUGACAGCUUAUAUGCUUACUAUCUAUUUAAGCGAUUUCACUGAAUUCUUUGACGAAUUAGGUGAUAGAAAUAUGGUAAUGCCAAAAGAAGACUGGUUUUUGUACAGCUCUGGGGUAAUUCUACGACACAUCGGUCAAUUGGUUUGUAAUGGCCACGCUAUCAGUGAGCUACGACUAUGUACAGCUUCGGAAAACAACUGUUUGGAGGCAGAUAGUUUCCACAUAAAAGCCGGAUUUCUACAUCGGUGCUUCGAAAGCACAAGAGUAUUCACGGGAAUUUUUCCCCAAAUUAGUAUGUUCAACCACUCGUGUGAUCCAAAUAUUCGAAAUUGCUUCAGCAAGAAUACGCUAACAGUUUUUGCGACACGUGAUGUGGACGCGGGGUGUGAAAUUUUUAACUGCUAUGGACCAAACCAUAAGUUGAUGUCGAAGGAAGACCGUAAAUCAGCCCUUACCCAGCAGUAUUGUUUCGAUUGUAAUUGCACUCGAUGUGAUUCCGAUAAUGAUGAAAAUUACGAGAUGUACGAACGUUACAAAUGUCCUUAUGUCAAAUGUUCCAAACAGUUCAUAGUGGCACAAAACGUAGAUCCAUUCGAGAGAGAUAUCAAAUGUCCAAAGUGCAAACGAAUAAUUGAUUGUUCUUGUUUUCAAACCAUUGUUGCUGGAAUGUCGAGUGAGAGUGAAGCAUCAUAUGAAGACUUUGAAAAUACGUUAAAAGCGUAUAACAAAUGUAAAUUAGUGCUUUCGGAGUACCAUGAAACCAAGAUAACAUUGUCUCAUAUGGUUUUCAUUCAAUAUCUUCCAUUCUCUGGCUUGGAUGAGCGAUGUCUUAAAGCGUUGAAGAAACUUGCCCACGAGUUCAUUAGAAUUCGUGAGCACCGUUUCGGGAACAUGAGCCCAGAAUACGUUGUUGCAUGCUUCUAUCUGUUGGAUUUACUCGUAAUUGAAUCUAAGUGUGAAGGAGAUUUUUGCAUUGACUCAGAUUCGGCCAUUAUUGUCGACAAAUUUAAGAUUGCCAUCGGAAUAUUCGGACACGGGACAAGAACCAGAGUAAUGCAGUACAUUAAGGCUCAUUUAGGCUAGAAAUAUGUCGACGAUACAAAUUCAUUCUUUGAGUGAAUGCAAUUAACUUUAUUUGUUGCAUUUUUGCAAUCUAUUCGAGCAAUGCCCAGUUCAUGCCAGGUAUGAUUAUAUAAAAUAUCACUAAAGCCAAAUAUUGUAGUUAUCACUUUUAUUAAAAUAGCUCUAUUUGAAGAGACAUAUCAAUCAGUCGACAUAUGCAAUAAUCAUAACAAGGUGGAGAACAUUACCAAUACAAGUUA